AUGGUCACGUCUCUCGACGUGCCCGAUCUCCAGCUUCUUGCCGCCUUUGCUUCUGUCCUCAUCUUCGUCGGCGCCAUCUCUACUGCCCGCCGCACCCAAAGCGCCUCAACGCGCCUACGCAGUCCGCAAUCGGACUCCCUGAUCUGGGGCGUCUCGCAGAAGCUCCCGCCGUCCAAGGAAGCCACCGAGCACUACGCACGGUGGGAGGCAGAGUACGGGCCCGUGUACAGGGUGCCGUACACGCUCGGCAUGGACAGGAUCGUGCUGCUUGAUGCGAAGGCGGUCGCGCAUUUUUUCGCUGUGGAUAAUGCUGUUUAUGUCAGGACGGAGUUCAAGCGGAAUACAUUGAGGUAUUUGGUUGGGGAGGGGGUUGUGGUUGCUGAGGGUGAUGCGCAUAGACGGCAGCGGAAGGUGCUCAUGCCGGCAUUCAGCAAUGCUGCGAUACGCGCGUUGAAUCCCAUUUUCUAUGACUGCGCAUAUAAGGCAAGUUAUGCUGUUACAUCCGCUCACGUCAUCCACAGCAUCGACUCAAUUGGGCUUGGCGGCUUCUCGCACGACUUUCGCUCGCUCGAGGGCGAGAAACCCAUCGUCGCAAAGAUGUUCGACGCUGACGAUGCCUCAAGCUCGUUCUUCAACAUGCUCCCGACCCUCGGGCUGUUUUUCCCUGUGUUACAUAAGCUUCCGGGUCAAAGCAAGCAGAAAGCAAAGCGACUGGGAGAGUGCCUCAAAGAUAUCGCAGACAAAGUAUGGGAGGAGGCGAAGAAGGGCGAAGGGAGCGAGUCCAUUGCGGAUAAUUCGGUACUGGGGAGACUACUGCGUGCAGAGGGCUCGGAGGCCGGACUGCAACUAUCGAAGAAGGAAGUGCUUGAUGAUAUAAGCGUGUUAGUCUCAGCAGGCUACAUUACCACCUCAACGACGUUGACAUGGGCCCUUAUCGAGCUCGCUAAGCACCCGGAGGUUCAAAAGAAGCUCCGCGACGAGCUCGCGAAAUACGAUGGUGAGCGACCGUUGUACGAUGAGCUUAUGGGCAGCGUCAAGCUUCCCUACCUCGACGCUGUCACGCACGAGACAUUGCGUCUCCACCCAGCUGCCACGGAGAUCGAGCGUGUCGCAAUCAAAGACGAUAUCAUUCCCCUCUCCAUGCCUAUUACCACCGCCUCGGGCAGCACCACCGACCACGUUAUCGUACCACGCGGAACACUUGUUGCGAUCCCCAUCGCCGCUAUAAACCGUUCCCCGCGCUUCUGGGGCGACGAUGCUGCGUCCUUCCGCCCCGACAGGUGGCUUGGCGGCGAUGCUGAUUCCGGGCCCGCGAAGGAGCUCGUGGGUCAUAGGCAUCUGUUGACGUUUGCAAACGGUCCGAGGACGUGUAUCGGGAAGGGCUUUUGGAACCCUGCCCGAGGCGGGGAACACUAA